CAACAUCCCACUACUAUAAGACACACCGAUGGUGGCCCCAACAGUGGACACACUCACCACCAAAAGCCGCAAAAAAACACAAUGGACUGCAUCACCUUGGCCGUUCUGGUGUCCGUCUCCCAAAUGUGGGGCGCGGUCAUAGCAGCCCCCAUGUCGGCGGAGGCCAUCAGGAUGAAAGCUACUGUGGAAGGGAGGUCCAAGCAGCUGGUGGCCAAGAUCAAUAAAAUCCAGGUUCCUCCUGGCAUGACGCUGACGCCGCCGGCCGACAAACUGGAUGGGCUCUCCUCGGUGGUGACACUCCUAGACGGCUACGAGAAGCUCAUCUCAGACUCUCUGAACGCGUCUCAGGUGAAGGCCGAGAUCUCGUGGCUGAAGGGUUACCUCGGUCAGUGGAAGAAGGGUCGCUGUGGAGAGACCAAGGUCAACAGAACGUCAGCCGCAGGUGGCGCGCUGCAGCGGCUGCAGAGUCAGCGAGGCUUCGUCCUCACUGUCGGUAUCGAGGCUCUGAUCAGAGUCAAGGACAUCCUCACACGGCUGUUGCAGAACAUGGAGAACCUGGACAAAUGCUGA